AUGGAUGACCUCAAGUUAUUCGCAUCCAGCAACAAGCAGCUAGAUAGAGAGCUAGACAUUGUGAAGCGGUUUAAAACAUCUUUCAACCCUGAGGCAAAGAUAACCCCAAUGCAGGAUCUGGUUGGCCAAUGGAAAGCCAAACCACUACAUGGUCGGUAUAGGAGCCGCAUAGACGACAACGCCAUUGACACGAAGGCUUCCCAAGGAUGGUUGCAGUCAGGUAAUCUGUUCCUGGAGACGGAGGGCUUCAUAGCCUCCAUCCAGGAUCAGGUAGUCCCAACAAAGUUUGUACCGAAAGCGUAUAAAGCAUGA